AAAAGAAAAACAAUAACUUAAGCAUCAAACAGCUAUUAUAUAAGCAAUAAUUCCCAUUACUUGUAAUUAAAGAUUUUCUAUUCUGCUGUUCAAGAAUCGAGUUCAGAAAUGACGAUCUCAAGUUCCAAGAACAGCAGUUCAAACCCUCUCUCUCGCCUUGCUCCUCUUGAAGCAGUGUUCUUCGAUAUUGAUGGAACAUUAUGUGAUUCAGAUCCUAUCCAUUUCAUUGCUUUCCUUGAGUUGUUACCACAGAUCGGUUUCAAUAAUGGUGUUCCCAUCACUAUGCAAUUUUACGUCGAGAACUUUGCUGGGAAACACAACGAUGAUGUCGCUAGAUUCCUUUUCCCCGACGACUUUGAACGUGGUCUGAAAUUCUGUGAGGAUAAGGAAGCUGCUUACAGAAGAUUGUCGAAGGACAAACUAAAGCCUGUAAAGGGUCUUGACAAAGUGAAGAAAUGGGUGGAAGAUCGCGGACUGAGACGUGCUGCAGUUACCAAUGCACCGAGAGAAAAUGCUGAAAUGAUGAUUUCCGUUCUUGGCCUAGAAGAUUUCUUCGAGGUUGUUAUAAUUGGGAAUGAAUGUGAGCAUGCCAAGCCUCACCCAGAUCCUUACUUGAAGGCUCUAGAAAUGCUUAAUGUAUCCAAAGACCACACUUUCAUCUUCGAGGAUUCUGCUGCUGGGAUUACAGCAGGAGUGGCGGCUGGGAUGCCUGUUAUUGGUUUACUUACAGGAAACCCUGAGGAAUUAUUAUUGGAAGCUAAGCCUGCAUUUUUAAUAAAGGAUUAUGAAGAUCCAAAGCUUUGGGCAGCCUUGGAAGAACUGGAAAAGUAAACUAUUGUAGCUUGAAGAUCAAGCUCAUAGAGGAGAUGAUUCUAAAUAAAUAAAAUUCUUCGAGGUAAAAUAACAGCCGAAAACCCUAACUGGGGUUGAACUUCGACGACAAAUUUAAAUUAUUAUUGCUUGAACAUUUGUUUUUGUACAAUAUAUUUCUUUGAAGUUGAACGAAAUAUAUGAAUAUUUUGGAAAUUGUUAUUUUGUCAC